AUACUUUCAACUGCUGUCAUAUCGUUCAUAGGUGCCAGUGCACCUGUUUAUUUUGCAGCGAAGCAUUGUUGUGGAGGUGCUGUAACCUGUGCUCAACUGCGUCAGGGCCCAGCUGCAGGUUUCUUCUUAUACAAAUCCAGCUGCCGACUGUACCUAAACGGUGAACCGCCUUGGGUACCACUCUUCUGACAGGCCAACAAGAAUCUCUCAUCUAAUUUAUUCUGCCUUCAAGUACAAAUUGACUGAAUCUAACUGAGGGUUGCUUCUUCGCUUAUUCUAACCAGCUUUUCUUAAACUCAAAUACUGAUUCAUCAUACAUACUCCCAAGUAUCACCUACCACUGAUUCAAACAACGUCCAUCAUGCAGCUGGGUAAACUUGAUGAACGUAUUCAUGUCAUGGAUGCCAGUUCAAACGCCUGGAGCGUCAUAAAGGACAUUGCGCAGUCAGGAGUCCAAGAGGAAGCAUUCUACGUCUGUGACAUUGGUGACAUAAUAAGCAAACACAAGGAAUGGAAAAUUAAAAUGCCAAGAGUCCAGCCAUACUAUGCGGUGAAAUGCAACGAUAGCCUCACAGUGAUUGAGGUACUGGCUGCACUUGGAACUUGCUUUGAUUGUGCUUCAAAGGCUGAAAUUGAUAGAGUUCUUUCUGUUGGUGUCGACCCAAGCCAUAUUAUUUUUGCAAAUCCUGCAAAACCUGCAUCGCACAUUCGCCAUGCAGCAGCUGUAGGUGUUGAUCUGAUGACUUUUGACAGUGACUGUGAGCUCCAUAAAAUCAAGAACCUGUUUCCUACUGCCAAGCUGGUGCUACGAAUCCGGUAUGAUGCUGCCGUUGCACAGUGUCAGCUCGGGAAUAAGUCUGGAUGUGACCCAGACUCAGAUGCACCACGCCUUAUGAAGCUGGCUCAGUCAUUGGACCUAGACAUUGUGGGCAUCAGUUUUCACGUCGGGUCUGGCUGUGACGAUCCACCAGUGUUCUACAAAGCCAUUUCUGCCGCUCGAAGACUUUUUGAUCUGGGGUCUGCUCUUGGGUUCUCCAUGAGUUUGCUUGAUCUUGGUGGUGGUUAUCCUGGCAACAAGGGUGCCCAUUUAGACAAGAUUGCAGAGGUGGUGGACAGCGCUCUCGGAGAGUUCUUUCCUGGACCAGAUGUUCACGUAAUUGCAGAACCAGGACGAUAUUAUGUUGCCUCAGCUUAUACUCUUGCUACAAAUGUUCACUCCAAGAGAGAACUUAUCAACCCAAAGGAUGGAUCCAUCACAUCAGUCAUGUACUAUGUAAAUGAUGGAGUGUACGGCAGUUUUAAUUGUAUUCUCUAUGAUCACAUGAAAGUGACACCAAUGCCUCUCAAAGCAGCUGGACCUGAAACACGGCCAUCUUCUGUCUGGGGUCCAACUUGUGAUGGCCUGGACCAAAUAGUUGAGUCUACUUUCCUGCCAGAGUUGGAUAUAGGAGACUGGUUGAUUUUUGAGAAUAUGGGUGCUUACACACUGCCUGUGGCGUCUCCAUUCAACGGCUUCCCUGUUCCCAAAGUGCAUACUGUGAUUGACGUCCAAGGCUGGCUGCUGCUCAAAGACCGACUACCCAUGACGGAGAACCAUUUUGUUAUUGGAAACACACCAGAAAAUCUACACCUGGGGCUAUCCAUAGAUGGUCAAGGCAACAUUGAUGAAUGGGAUGAAGUUCACAUGCCUGUUUCGUCUUCUGAUGAUGAGAUUGUGGAUGGACACAUGUCACAUUCAACUGUGGGCUCAAGCAUCAUAUAUCCUUUCCUUCAGAUGGGACAAGUUAAUUAGAACCGAAUGGAAGUAUGUCUGCGCCUCAGUGACAGCACAUGAUGAUGCCUUGGCUUAUUGUACUUCUUCCUUAUCGAAAACAACUUAUCAGUUUUCUCCUGUAAUUGUCGAUUUCUUCUGUGUCAGCGUCUCGUUGCGUAUAAGACAAUAUAUCAAGUAACAAACUGUCAGUCAUGGCAGGGAUACAACACAACACCUAUGUAAGUUAGGUUUUGUUAAGUUAGGUGUGACAGAAAAGGCAGAUAUUGAUUAAAAUUCUUUAAUUUACUGCAGCUCAGUGCCUGAAAUUUGGUUAAGGGACUAAAACAUGAAUCUCAGAAUAAUUUAAACUAUCAAGGUUUCUCCAAAGCCAUUUCGGGCACUCACCUGUCUGUAGAUAUCUCACUGCAAAAGCAUAAAUUGUAUUUAUUUAAGCCCAAUUAGAUAAUUCUGUUGUACGCUCAACACAUGAAUAGCAUCUGCGCUACUGGAAGCAGAACAAAUAAACAAAGAUCUGUUACUGAGGUAUAUGGUACGAUUUAUGUCAAAUACUAUUUUGUUAUGUAUAAUACAUAAAAGUUUCAGUUUAAUGAAACUAUUCACAUGAAAACUUGGGUGCAGUUGAAUGAAACAACUCCAUGUAAAGAUUUUCCUUUAACAAGUUUUCUUAGAGACAGUUUUUCUUAGAUAGUUGUGUGAGAAAAUAUCGCCAUAAUAGCAUUGUCAAAUGGUGGAAACUUUGUUAUAGAACUAGUUCAAUUCUUUGUAAAAUGUUAUACUUCUAACAAACCAAUAAUGUUUCUUAACUACCAAAUGCACUAGGAAAUUCAUUUGUCUCGACUGAUAUUUGGGUGAGAUAACAUGAGAAAUGGAACCAGUUGAUUUCAUUUGGAAGGUGUUGCUGUGGUUGAAUAAGUGAAGAGACAGCAUCUUCGCUUAAUUUUGUAAUUUUUUAUGUACCGUAUUUUAUAAUAAAUCUUAUUAUUUAAACAAA